UGGAACAUGGAAACUCUGAAAACUGAAUGCACACCUGAGGAAAACACUCAUAUUAUAACUGAUAUUCGCUUCAGACCAAAUUCCACUCAGCUGGCAACAUCUUCUUUUGAUGCAACAGUGCGAGUUUGGGAUGCUGCACAACCAAGUUAUUGCAUGUGGAAAUUUACAGUGCAUACGGCACAAGUUAUGUCCCUUGAUUUUCACCCUAAGAAGAAUGAUCUUUUCUGCUCUUGUGAUGGUAACAGUGAGAUUCGCUUUUGGAACAUCAAUCAGUAUUCUUGCACUCGUAUCUCCGAGGCUAGCCUUCUAGAUCCUUAAGCUUUGUUCUAUUUUAUUAGUGCAGCAGGUUCUUUUGGAUCCAAUGUUUUUCAUCUAA